AUGGAAAACCACAACUCGCCCGCCGGCGCACCCUCGAGUUCGGACCCCAAAGACCCGGCCUCCUUCCUGUCCUCGAUCAUCGGCGUGCCCGUUACCGUCAAGCUCAACUCCGGCGUGGUCUACAAGGGCGAGCUUCAGAGCGUGGACGGGUACAUGAACAUCGCGCUGGAAAAGUGCAGCGAAUAUGUAGACGGGAAACUGCGGCGCAAGUAUGGUGAUGCGUUUGUUAGAGGGAACAACGUGCUCUAUAUUUCCAGCGAUUAA